AUGAGCCCUGUGGUCAUUGCUGAUUCUGAUGACGAAAGUGACUCAAACGAGCACGCCGCCGCCGCCCCAGCGGUAACGGCCCCCAAGGCGCAAACACGAUCAUUUGAGCAUGGAAGCCUUGCAACUGCGUCAACGGAUUCGAUUUUCUUCCGGCAAGUCUUCAAUGAGCAGAAUGGAGCCGCUUGCGAGAGAGCCCAGCAGCUACAGCGAGACCUCGACGAUGCGCCGCAUCAGAGCUCAGCCAUGACCAUCCCUGAUGUUCCCUUCCAGCGGACCACCAGAGGCUUCUACCAUUCAUCUGUCACAUCGGCCACAGAACCUCACACGGAUAGGCUUCCAAAUACCCAGAUUGGAAAGCCUUCGUCCGAUUGGGCUCAGAUUCCCUCUCCAAAGCAGAAGCAAGAUGAAGCUCGGAAGGCGGACCUUUGGGAAGUACCAAGCAGUCCAGAAGCCCCCGAAUCUUUGCAAGGGCAAUCGAAGGGGUAUAGUCACACGAUGCUGGAUCAAUCGCAUAGGAGAGAUGAAUCACCUACUGAGAAGGAUGCACUUUCAGAUGGCCAUUGGGAUGACCAAGAGCUUACUGGGAGACGAGGCAAGAAGCGGAGACGGCUAGACGAAUCUGGCAGUACACAUUCGACGGCUGACGAUGUUAAUUUGAUUAUUUUUCCUUCUAGCAGCAAGGAUAUCGCCAACGAUGAACUGGAGAUGGGAGCAGCAUCGAGUGUACCUCUCCCUACAAUGCCUAUUGACGCCAAUUCAGCAUUCUAUCUCAGACACCCGUCCCCGACAGAACGCCAACAGUCAUCUCAUUUUGAGAUGGCCUUAGAAUCCAACGAUGUUCCAAAAUACAACAAUCUACUCUUGAAGCAGCAGACACAGUAUGCUGUUGGCUCAAGCGGAACGGCUACCAAUGUCAACACGCCGCGAAGCCAAAUGUUCUCGAGCAAUAAUUUUAGCAUUAUGGCUCCUGGAGAGCAAAGCAGGGAAGUAUCUACGAAGAAAGUAGAGUACCGAAGCUAUAGCACACGAAGGAACUCGUCUCCUGACAUAAUUUCUACGCUGACACCCCGUUUGAAUAAGGUUACUUCCGAGCCGGAGUAUUCACCUGGUCUAAAUCCUGAGUCCAAGCCCGAUCAGGAAUGCUGUGACGAAAGAGAUUCUUCAGCUCAUCAGCCCCCACCACAAGAGUUGCAGUCGGGGGAGAGUGAUGCCGAAUUCGUGGCACAUCGUACGCCAAUGGCCAAGUCUAAGAAGAAGAGGGGUCGUCCAAAGAAGCCUCCAGAAACUGACGAGCCCCUGCCAGUGAAACAGGCUGCAGGUCCUGUAUCGGCGGCGGCUGAUGGAACACCAGCUGCAGCAGUGCAGAAGAAGAAACGAGGGAGACCUAAGAAACAGUCGACUGAUACAGCGGUAGAUGGUGCCCCGCCUCCCGCCGCCACUCCCGUCUCUGCCCUUGAUUCUAGCAAAAAUACGAGAGCCACCUUGGGCCUAGAAAAGGCUUCAGAUAGGAGUGAUGGGGACAAUAUCCAAGCAGCCACAAAGCAAAGUUCAGUGGAGAUGCCAAGUGGGCAGGGAGCUACCGUAGGCGCCUCGUCCGCGGCAGAGGAGACGGAGUGUGUUAAGGAUCAGGCAACCCCAGGCAGCCAGGAGAAACCGAAGGAUCAUUCCGCUAGCCGGAAUAUUCCUAAUAGGCCACGAGACGAAGACGAAUCCAAAGAGCCAAGGCAGCCUGCUGCACGAACGAGAGAAGAGAAAUCGGGGGGUGACAAGAAGGGAUCUUCGGCACAAGGGAUGACCAAACCCCUGUACAGGGUUGGGCUGAGCAAGCGAUUUAAGAUUGCCCCGCUGCUCAAGUCGGUACGCAAACCAUGA